AUGGCGCCCAUGAACCAGCCUAUGGAGGUCUCCUAUUGCAUAAAGCUGGACCUCCCCGAGACCAAGGACGGCGAGGACUUGAGCUUGUAUUCCGCCCGGACGGACCGGACGGAGCAGCUUCCAUCUGCCCGCUUGCCAAAGAAACUGCAAAGGCCUUCCAAGAAUUUGCUCUUCGACGCGCCGACCCCCGCUGCUGUAGGCAUUCUGGGAGAGGCCGCCGAAGAAGUCAUGGGCCUGAGCAUACCAGCAUCGCCUCGGGAGGACGGCGAGGCCUGGUUGGAGGCGGGGCCCUUACCUGGGCCGGCGCCGGAGCGCUACGCCGACAAGGCACAGGGGCUCUCGCUGGCUCAGCGCCUUCUCCAGCUCGACUUCUCCGAUGACGAGGAGGAUGACGGCUCCCCUACUUCCAGACACGAGCUGCCGAAACUGCAGGCUGAACCAGACGCAGCCGACACGGAGGCCGCGGAGGCGUCCCCGAUCAUCGUAGAAGAUUGCCAGGAGUUUAUCCAGGAGCUUGACAGUGAUGACGACUGA